CUAAUCAUCGCAUAUCCUUGGGCCAUCUACAGCUGUGGCUGGUCACAUUGUACUCUGUAUGACUCAACAAACGAGCAAUCGGAAAUCAUCACACGUAUCAUCCCACUCCUCGCUUUGUGGAACCAACUUAUGGCGGAGAUAUUGCCAUCGGCAGAUGUGAGGUCCUCCAGAAAUUGCUGUCCUCCGCGACUGGCAAACGACCAAUCAAUUCCUCAAAGAGGCCUGCCAUCAUCAUGGACUCGGUUUCACAACAUCCCCGUUGAAGUGCCUGAUCUCCUUCACCUCGUUAAGUCUGUUAGAACAUUACCAAACUCACCCCGUGCUGCAGCCUCCUCGUCGCCCCAAGUCUGGAUCCAGGUCGAUGAAUUGCGAAGACAAGGAGCAGGGACGGUAAACAUGGUCAAUCAAGUUCAUUCACAGACCUGGCGUGCCCUCGAGAAGCAGAACCAGGUGGCGCAGCAGUUGAUGGUCUCUACCUUUGCAGCGCUCUCUGCAAUACAUGCGUCUUUAGAAUCCACCUGCGGUUACCUUAAAGAACGGAUGAUUCGGUAUCGGAAGACCCCUGAAAUCAGACAAUCUCUGCUCAGCGAACAAGGCUCGACUCUCUUUUAUCAGAAACCGAACACGAACACGGUCGAGUGGAAAAGGAAAAAGAUACUGUUGCCCAGCAGCUAUCUGCUUUACAAUUUGCACAGAGCGCACAGUUCCUUGAUCAAUCAGCCUGAGAUUCUUGGGCGAGUCUACCAUAAGAUUACUGCAUGAGUGAUGUCAGGACGACUGGUGGUCAGCAUGAACUUGCCCGCUGCAUCAAGUACAAGCUCAAGUGAAUUGUCAAUGUCAGGACCUAGCGU